UGUUUUCUUCUUCAGGGGACCCGCAGAGGCCCGGGGAGCUUUGGAGAGGAGCUUGGAGAUGCUUCACAGUAGAAUGUCGUUCAGCAGCAUUUACAUCUGCCCUGGACUCUGAGAUGCUUUGAGAGGAGGAUGACCUCAGGCUCUUCCGUCCUGUAGUGGAGGAUAUUUUCUCCAUCCAGCCGAUGAAAACAGGUCGCAAGUGAAUUAAGGUCUUCAGGAGAGUCUGCUGCAGCGCCUCAUCGCCAACCAUGGCGCUCAACCCCCUGGAAGGUCUCAUGGCGGUGGCGGCGAACCACCAGCUGGUCCCCGAGCCGCAGAGGCCGAAGCCCCCCCGUGCGGCCGGCGGGCCGGCAUCCCCCCGCGGACGCAGGCUGAGCCCUCGCAGCAGCCGGGAGCCCAGGAAGUGGGUGCAGUCGGUGUGUGCGGCUGGUUGUGAGUCGGCGGCCCCGUGCAGACCCCUGAGGGGUCACCACUCCCCCGAGAACGCCGCGCGAGAGAGGAGCCGCGUGCGCAACCUGCGACAGGCCUUCCACAGCCUGCAGGCCGCUCUGCCCUCCGUCCCACCAGACACCAAGCUGUCCAAGCUGGACGUGCUGGUCCUGGCGACGAACUACAUCGCUCACCUGACCGAGACGUUGGAACAGGGAGCGACGCUGGCCGAGCGCGCCCCCCCCCCCAGGCCGGGGGGAUACCUGCACCCCGUUAAGAAGUGGCCCAUGCGCUCGCUGCUCUACUGCGGCAGCGUGGGAGAGCUGCUGUCAGGGGCCCAAGCCAAUCAGAUGCCCCCACCUGGAAGGGACGUGGCCCCCACCCUGGAAGCAGAGAAGGAGUGAUGGAGCACGGGGCUCCACUUGUACCACGGACAGCAGAAGAAACGUUCUCGUCUGCAGACACUGAAACAACUGAAGCGAAUUCUGUAAAUCUGCUGUUUUCUGUUCAAACACCACAUGAUGGUAAUAACAGUUUGUUGUAUAUUUCUGCAAAGGCCUUGGCCUGGUUUUUAUGCCACACACACACACACACACACAGCAGACAGGUUCAGAUUUACUCUUGUUGAAAACAUUCCAUCAUUAUAUGAACUUCAGACAGGAACAGAUUUAAUGCGAGGAAAUGAAAAAGCUGCUUCAGAUGACACGACGCCACAAAUCAGCGCGCGAGGAGCUUCAGCCACUAUCUUGAUUUAGAGGUCGUACAGUGUUUUAUUUUUCCACAUAUUACUUUUGCUGUAAGGAAGAGAUGUUUCUUGUGAGGUUGAUGCCUUUUUAUGUAGCUGUUUGUGAAGCCAGUGUGUGUGUGUGUGUGCGUGUGCGUGUGUGUGUGUGCGUGUGCGUGUGUGCGUGUGUGUGGGGGAGUGAGGGUGGACGGACAGGCGGACAGUGAGGGAGGGAUUGUUGUGGGAACACAGCUGCUGUCUGAUGACUCGGUAUCUCUGCAGUAAUGACCACUUAGUUCUCAUUACAUCCACAAUGGAACCUUGUACUUUGGAGCAAAGCGGCGUGCAGCAGCAGCCCGAGUGCGUUCGCCGCCGCGCCACCAACACCCAACGUUUACUACUAGCAAGUGAUAUAGAAUUCUAGUUUUCAUGUGGCUCCACGUUAUGAAUAAGCACCAAGAGGUUUUACAGUUAGUGAAUAACACAAAGUAUUGCAUGUUAUAGAAUACUACAGUACGUCACAUUAAAGUAGAUAAAGAUGUCGAACUGAAACAGUUAUAUAUAUAUAACUGACUAACUAUAUAACUUACUAUUACUACUAGUUUCAUCUUCGCUGCAUGAAUACGCAGUAAUUACACAAGCGAGAGCUCAGAGCUGAAAUCAGUCCAAUAAGUCUUGUAGAUCCUCUCCUCCUGCAACAAGAUGGGCGCCGCUCCACAAGCAGCAGGCCGGCGUUCAAGGCUACUUCUAUAAAUCUGUCCAGAGGCGGCGGCGUGCAGCCAUGACUCAUGUGGAGCUGCGAGGGUCAAAGAAGGACUGCAGAAGCUCCUCACGGCACGAAGAAGCAACGGAAACACAAAUGAAAACCAAGCAGCUGUUCUAUUAAUCCUCAAUAAAGUGCUUUCAGGGCUUCA